AUGGCUACCACAAUUCAACUCGCCUUCUCCACCGCCACUGAAGGACGAUUGUCCAACGUCUCCGACUGCACUUCAUCUUCUUCAGCCUCCGAUCACGAUGAGUACACCCCUACCAACAGAGGUAGUGUACACCAGAGCCGGAAGUGGAGGAAGUUCAUGAAGAAGGUGGUUGAAGGAAGCAAAAGAAGCAUAUACGGAUCUUCAAAGCCUAUGAUAUUCCGGUAUGAUGCUGUUAGUUACUCACUGAAUUUCGAUGAAGGAAAUCAUUCUGAUGAAUGCAACAUUUAUGGAUCUCGAUGCUCUUAA